UUAAGAACAAUUCAACUAAGAAUGCUUAUAUUUUUUUUAUUUGUGAACUAGAUAACAACACUCGUAUACGCGACACCAAGAACAGCACUGAAGAAGACUACAAUCAAGUUGUUGCAGGAAUCCGACGAGCGGCUCAGCCUCCAAACAACAUUUUUCUUAAUCCUAACCAGCAAUGCUUCACACAGUUCUUUUUAAACGGACAGCCACCACUUGGGUUACGUACUGCUAAUUUACAGAACAUGAGAUACAUCUGUCAAGAGAGACAGCCGCCGGGAGUCUACUACUACGCGUCGAUGCACGAUGAAGGUCGAGGAAUUCCAGUGUAUUCAGCGUACGUUUUGUAUGCGGGAAACGUUAAUUUUCAAGCACAAGCAGCAGCAGGAUGGAUCCAAACUCCCGGUAAUGUAUUAACAUGUACAAAAAACCAAGAGAGGAUGAGGAGUGAGUGGGUUAUUACCCAUAUAGACCUUCUUCGGAAAGUAAUGACUUCUAAAUUAUAUUUGACGUAGUAGCCCUGCCGUGUUAUAUAUUGCUACAUAAGUUGCCCAGAAGCGUCAUAGGCGAAGAAUGAAAAUGGGCGUAGAGGCGUUUGGGCUGCCCACCUGACUAAACUUCGGCGCAGAGGAUCGGUUACUGAUUUCGAUACGCUUGGGUAUAGGCCUCUCUAUUCGGUAAGCAAACGGGGAUGAGGGGGAGAAGAGUACCGGAAGUACCUUACAACGAUCUUGCAGUAAUACUGUAAAUUGGAAAAUGUCGAGGGCAUUUCUAUAACCAGGUACAAGGCCUGUUAGUUGAUUAUCUUACCUCCAUACGCUUUCAGAAUUAUUCCUUGCCAAUCUUCUGAUGCCCUUAAAGGAGCUCAGUCGAAUGGCAUUAUGAUUUAUUUGAGCCGGAUACAAGAAGAAUAAAAAUAGUAAUGUACAAGACUGAAAAACACCAAAGAGAUUAUAAUAGGAAAAAAAAGAAACAGAUAGGUACAAGCAUGGUUAAAAAUGGAGAGGAUUAACACGGAUUAAGAACGACGAUCUUGAAAAAUUAUAAGGCUAAGCUUUCCAAGUCCUUCAAAAGUAAAACAUUCAGGGAAUGACAAUUGCCUAUCUCACCCCUGUCACUUCAAACUUCUCAAAUUCUCAAUCCUUUUUUUUUGUUGAUAUCGUUAGAAGUAAUUAACUUUACUUUCUUACAAGGCAUCCAGAACCAAGCAAGCAAUGCAAUAUACCUAAAUAACCCGUUGGGAUGCCACAAAGGUCACCUCUUCCCAGCUAUGACUGCCUCGGGUAACCCAGCAAAUGCCGCGAACAGCGCUGCUUCCACGUAUCAAUACACAAAUGCCGUGCCCCAGUGUGGAUCUUUUAACACCGGACAGUGGAGAGUUUGGGAAGGCAAUAUUCGAGCGUUUGCAGUGCAGACAUGCAUACCGGCAGGGGGUGUGUUGUUUCUAUUAACUGGAAUUUCAUUCGUUGCUAUUCAAAACACUCAACCUCCACAGCCAAUUGCAGUUCCGAUUGUCUUAUUCGCUCCAGGCAUAUAUAAACCUAAUUCAAUGUGGACUGCGGGCACGUGUCUAUACCCAAAUGGCCAGUGCGACACCUUUGCAGUGAUUGGAAACAACGUCCCAAAUCCUCCUGGAAUGCUUACACAGGCAAUUACCCAAGCAAAUCUGGACGCUAUUCUUCAGUUCGACAUAGCAACUAAUGGCCUCAAACGGGACAGAUCGAGUCGAAGGGUCAAGCUGUUUCCAGGAGUUAGAAGAUGCUCAAAUAUUAGACUUCCUCGUGACGAGUAUCCCCCUAGAGGUGGACACAAAAAGCCUCCUAAACCCCCAAGCUCCAGCCAUAAACACUCGAGCUCAAAGCACCAGAGCUCAAAACACUCCAGCUCGAAACACUCCAGCUCGAAACACUCCAGCUCGAAACACUCCGGCUCGAAACACUCCAGCUCGGGCUCGAAAUCGAAAUCGAAACACUCGAGCAAAAGACCUUCGAGCCCAACACAUACCUCAAGCUCAAAAUACCCAAGCUCGAGACCCUCAAGCUCCAGAAGACCCUCAGGAAGUGGAUAAACCUGGAAGCAGUAAAGAAUUGUCAUACCGUGGACUUGACUAAGAAAUAUAUAUGCAAUAAUGAUCCAGAAGAAAUUAAUGCUUGUAAACGAUUAAGCAAGUUAACAAAAAUAAACUUCAU